AUGCAAAACCAUGACUCAAGUUAUGACAAGGUCGUACCAAGAGUAAUUCUGACAAUAAGAGCAACUUCGUCAUUGGCUGCUCAAGACGUGAAAUUCCAUGCCUCUUUAGACCGGAAUCUUUCCAUCGCACUUGGAAACACCAGCAAGUCAUUAUUGUCACUUGCCAAUGCAAUGCUAAUGGAUAUUUCUCCUGGUUUCAAGCCAUUAGAAGUGGGAGAAGCUGAAAUUAAGAGUUCAGCAACAUGGCGAACUGUCUCAGACACUUUAGAUAAUUGCUUUGAGAAGGUUGACAUGGCUUUGGAUUUAUUGAAGAGUCCUAAUAAAAGCGAUUUUCGAGUGACUGAGCUACUUGAAGCCAACGAAUCGGAUGUUCCUGAAGUGACCGAGAAGCCACAAAGAAAUUUCAUGGUAAAGGUGGAUAAUUCGGACACUCAUCCUUUCCAGCCAAAGUUGACUCAAAAGCCACAUGCCUUAAAGCCACUACACGAAACAAUCAAACUUAUCGCUGAGGAUCAAAACAACCUUCACUACUCGCAUCCAUAUGAGUUUGAAAUAAUGACACAACCAUUUCCUGACUCGCAACUAGUCACCCAAAAUCCAAAAAAACCGAUAGAUUGGACCUUUUCUGAACCUAUUUGGAUCGAUGAUGCUAUGGGUCUCAAUGAGAUGGUCAAAGAAUUGGAGCAGCUGAGUGAAAUUGCUGUUGAUUUAGAACAUCACGACUACAGAAGUUACUACGGUAUUACUUGCCUUAUGCAGAUAUCUAAUCGUGAGAAGGAUUGGUUGAUCGACACCUUAGCUCUUCGUGACAAUUUGGAAAUAUUGAAUAGGGUUUUUGCUGACCCUUCUAUUGUCAAGGUUUUUCACGGUGCAAAUAUGGAUAUUCAUUGGUUACAAAGAGACCUUGGACUCUACGUGGUGUCUCUAUUCGACACAUACCAUGCCAGUAGGAAGCUAGGCUUUCCGAAGUUUUCUUUGGCAUAUUUAUUGGAAACCAUUGCGCAUUUUAAAACUUCGAAGAAGUAUCAAUUAGCUGACUGGAGAAUUCGACCACUUACUGCUCUGAUGGUUCAGUAUGCAAGAGCUGAUACGCAUUUCCUUUUAUAUAUCUUCGAUAUUCUCAAAAACAAGCUCAUCGAGAAAGGGAAUUUACAAGAUGUUCUUUACGAGUCUCGACGGGUCGCAUGUCGAAGAUAUGAAUAUUCAACAUUCCGAAAAGAUUUCAAUGAGUGGCCUGACGAGCAAUUUGGACUUCUGAAAAGAAUGAGAUUGCAGUAUAACUUGCCAAACUCUAGAGCAACCAUGCUCGAAUCGCUUUUGGCAUGGAGAGAUCAUUUAGCAAGAGUUGCUGAUGAAUCUCCAAGAUAUAUACUUUCCAAUCAGGCCUUGAUUAAUUUGUGCAAUCUUUCGUUUCCAAUUGAUUCUAAGAAAAUAAUGUCAGCAAUUGGAAGGUGUUCUGAUGAGGUAAGGGCAGAGUUGAGUUCAGUAAGUGAGAUCAUUCAAAAGAGUAUGGAAAACCAUGAUGGAUCACUAGAAGGACACGAAAUCAUUUCACCAUCGCAUGACAUUGUGAACUAUGCAACAGCCCUGGAUAACUAUGAGUUAUUCAAUAAGCUUAAGAAGGAACCACUUGCUAAGAGGUUUCAACUUGUGAUGAGUUAUUCCUCCUGUUUCAGUUCAGUUUGUGCUCAAGACGAUUUAAGCUUCUCAAUCAAGUUUGAUACAAACAAGAGAGAGAUUUUGGUAUCUCAGUUUGAACUUGAGAAUAGGAGAGACGUCAUAAAAGAUGCUUUCAGGGCCUCAAUUCGUGAGAAUGAGGAGAAGAACAUGAACAAGCUUGCAGUUGGCAAACCAGAUUCGCUAAUUGACGCCUCAAAUGUUGAGAAAACAAAAACUGAAUUGCAGGAAAAGCUCCCAGAAAUCUUCUCAUUGUCAAGCAAAAAUAGACGAACCAAUCGGAAGAUAAUGACUAAAUCCUCCGAUGAGCCCAUUUUUGAUUACAACGCACCUGAGAAUACAAAGGUUUUGGGCUCGAUAACUGCGGAACCCAAGAACAAGAAGCGCUCAUUUGAUCCUUUUAGUAAAGCUGGGAGUGGUGGUCCUCGGGCAGCUAAGAGAACCAAGAAUGCACCAGUUGGAAAAUCGGGAUCUUUCAAGAACAAAAGAAGUUAG